AUGUUGGUUUUCACAUGGCGCGGCUCAUCUUAUCUUAUACGCGGUUCAUAAUAAAAUAUAAAGAAUUUGAUCAACUGAACGUAGGCCUGCGUUUGAUUUGUUCUAUAUUAAACUUUAAUCUUGUGGAUGUCUUGCUUUUUUCAAGUUCAUGGACACAAUUCUCUUCAAAUACAUAGAGUUAAUAUUUCAAAUUCUCAGAAAGUCGAAUAAUUCGCUUUUCAAUGUAUGCUUUCUCUAUAGUUAACAAUAUUCAGUUACUGCUAAAAUGAAACUACAAUAGAAUUUUGUUGACUUUUUCAGCAGUGUUUGCUUUUUCAAAUGACGUUUGUCUCUGGAGUCAUCUGUAAUAAUAUCAGUCACAAUAACUCUUGAAAGUGUUAUUUGUUAUUAUCAGAUAUAGUAUUGUCCUCUGAUGUUACUGGCCAAACAAAGGUGUCAUUUGUAGCCAUCAGAUCGAUUCCCAGUAUAUUGUUGGUUCUUUAACGUUAUAAUCAAUUAUUUAGAAAUAUUGUUAAUGAAAAUCUUUACAAUGUACACUGUUACAAUGCAAGACCUCUUAAAAGAUGGCGUUACUAAUUUUAAAAUCUUUGUCUUUUUUAAACCGUUUGAUACCAUGUAAUCGACGACAAUGAAAUUUUUAAAUUCGCUUAUUAGCUUUUCGUUUAGGAAACAAAGUUUAGUGAUUAAUAAUUGUUUUCUUAUUUUUCUGUUUAUGUCAUUCCAAAGUGUUUACUGCGUUGAAACUAGGUCAAAUUUGUAUGAGGUAACAAGUGAUAAAUAUUUGCAAAACACGUUUUUAUCAGUAAAUACUUCCUCGAGAGUAAAAUGUUGCGGGUAUUGUGACCAGACUUCCGGCUGCAAGAGCGUUAGCUACAAGAAAUCGUCCGGACAAUGUAACCUUUCCAUAGAACCUCUUGUAACAGUGAAAGUGAACGGACAGACAGACACAGACUGGAGCGUAUACAGUAAAAAAGAAUGGAUGUUAGUGUUUCGGGCUACUUCCGGUGCUGGUGGUGACGUUUACUCAGCGUGGAUGUAUGGUACGUCCGUUACCACCGAUGACGUCACUUGCAUGACAACUGACGUAACUUCCUGUAGUAAACAUUAUCGCAAUCCUAUAAUUGAUUCAUGGGCGUCAGUUGGAAUGACACAGGCGAAGUUCGCUUUGUACAAAAACAAUAUUGAAGUAGCUUAUGUCAUAUUUGAUGCAACCGGAAGUGAUGUCACAAACUGGUUCAGUAAUACAAGAAUAACAGGGUCAUCAUGGUCGACAAUUUCAUCACAGACCUUUAAUCACUUUUCAAUAACUGGGCAUGAUCCAGGUCGGAGAUUUUUCAUAAACCCAAGCUAUGGUGGAUGUCCAGGAGACACAGGAUAUGCAGUUGCUAUAACGUCGAACAUCUUUGGCUGUUCGUAUGAUAUCCACAGUAGCUAUCCUCAAUUCCUGUAUGCAUACACUGAGACAUACGGAUAUCCUGAAACAAUGACAGGUAUGGACAAAGCGGAUGUGAUGGCCAUACUCAUAAAGUAGUUAUCAACACGAAAGAGUUUUACUGCGUUAUCUAACGUCCAGAUAAUCGUUGAACAGUACUGCUCGCUUUAAUGUUUUUCAUAUAUGUAUUAUUGUUCAAUUCGUGUAAUUCUUAUGCUCUGAUGGGAUCAAAAGCAGGGAAACUACUUGUGUUUAGGCAAACAAACAACGAAGUAACAUCUGCUAUGUUGUGUCUCUUGAUAUAUUUGGAUAUUUCUCUCUUUUGAACUUUCUCUUUGCCCUUCACUUUACUCGAUACGUCGUUUAGUUUCAGCAUUUUGUUUCACAAGGCAUUAAAUAGUAAAGGAGCUAUAAGACAUAUGAGCCAGUUGAAAUGAAUGAAAAUGACACUAAAAGCUGAGGAAUAGGUGCGGUGGGAUCCGUCAUUAUGUUUCUAAAUAGGCAAACUAAAAACAAUAUCGUCUUAAAAGACGUAGCAGAGUACAUUUUACUACGAAGAACUCUUCUUUGUGUGUGUGUUUUUUUUUUUCUUUUGUAUUUGAACAAUGAGGACGAA